CCUUGUUGUCUAACUUAAGCAACAAUCAAUCACCACGCUGUUAUCCGUGCUCACUACCCCAUUCUCGGGUCAGAGGCCACACCGUUUACCCUCCACGUAUAAUCUCAUGAGCGAGCUCCAGAAGUCCUUUGCAAAGGCUAAAUUGGGCAAGCUUCCCCCGGAAGUACCCAUGUUUCACCCAAUGGAUAUUCCAGAAGAACAUCACGAAGAGGAUGGCUCUUCCGCGUCCUCGGUUUCUUCGACGGGGACUCUAAUGCCCUCCCCCACGAGGAAUCUAUUUGCUCGAAGAAGCAGCGCACAAUCAAUGCAAUCACUGUCUUGGACAGAUUUCUUCAGUCAAGAGCUGUUCCUCCCCGAGGAAAUUGACGGAAUUCAGAUUACCCACCAUGUGUAUUUGACACCACCGUUAGAAUCAGGGCCAUUGUUCGUUAUGCAUCACGGUGCCGGUUCGUCGGGCCUCUCAUUUGCAACUUGUGCAGAGGAGCUCCGGAAACUUCUUCCGAAAGCCGGUGUCUUGUCCCUUGAUGCAAGAAGCCAUGGCCGUACCACCAUGGCUCUAACAUCGAAGCCUCUAAAUCAGGAGAGCUCUUCCACUGGAGCUGCUUCUCAGGCGAAGGUUGAUGGGAAGAUUGAACUCGAUCUCAGCCUGGACACACUGAGCCGCGACCUUGUCUUCGUCGUUCGAGAGACACAGGCGAGGAUGGGCUGGGAGAAUCUCCCAGAUAUUGUGCUCGUCGGUCAUAGUCUCGGCGGUGCAGUUAUUACUGAUGUCGCUAAGAAAGGCGAGCUAGGCUCGAAGCUACUAGCGUAUGCAGUACUAGAUGUCGUCGAAGGGUCCGCUAUGGAUGCGCUCCAAAGCAUGGAGAAUUAUCUUUCAACCCGACCGACCCGGUUCCCUUCGCUAACGUCAGGAAUUGAGUGGCAUACUCGUUCCCGGACAAUUCGAAAUCAUACCUCAGCUCGAGUCUCCGUCCCGUCCCUCAUCUACGAGGAAACUGAGCCAACCGACCCCUCACGUCCGUGGGUAUGGAGAACUAAUCUCGCUGCCACGAAGCCCUUCUGGGAGAACUGGUUCAUAGGAUUGAGUCGCAAAUUCCUCGACGCGCGGGGUGGCAAGCUGUUGUUGCUAGCGGGGACGGAUCGAUUGGAUAAAGAAUUGAUCAUUGGGCAGAUGCAAGGAAAAUACCAGCUUCAAGUCUUCCCAGAAGCGGGUCAUUUCAUUCAGGAAGACCAACCGAGCAAGACGGCGCAGGUGUUGGCUGACUUUUACAGGCGGAAUGAUCGAAGCGCACUGGUGUUGCCGCCCAAGGUGGGUGACUUGCAGGCCGCUGCUGCGAUGAAAAAAGGCGCUGGCGUCUUGGAGAAAGGACAUACCAAGUAGAUACAAGAUAAAUUUCCAAUAAAUUCCUACGGAGAUCCAGAAAUAGAGAAUGCGAUAGCCGCGUAAAUGUGGCGAUACGACAUGUCUACAGUUACAGAUGGACUUGCAAUUGUCAUUGAUGCAAGUGAAUUUUGAUUAGAAGCAAAUCCCUUUCUCCAAAUGAUUCCAUCCCUGCCACCAGGUCGUUUUGUAUGCAUUACAGCCAUUACAAUCCAUAGGUCCUUCUACCCAGAAAGGGGACAGGCCAGCGGACGACGGCUGUGAUUUUGUAGUUCCAGACCAAGCAGAGCAGAGUCACUAGAUGAUUGAGACUGUUCCUUCAGUAAGGUAAAAGGCCUCUGCAGAAAUAAGAUAGAAAAAAGAUGUUCACGCCGCCACCGUACCAUAACACCGAACAGAGAUCGAUCUCCAGAUUACAAACGCCAUCCAAUCUCAAAGGAACAGUUAGCGUAAGCUUUCUGAAGAUUACCAUGACCAGAUAAACAUGAAGAAGGUAUCCGAAGAAACCGGGGUAUUUGCGUUAGAGAAGAUAAGAAUAAGGUCGACACGGUGUGAAGACUGAGGAAAAUGAAUAUGCCCAUCUAGGGAAGAUAGGCACCGCCCGCAACGACCAAGUUCAUGUUCGUAAACUUGACCUUGUAGACGGGACUCUUUUUAGUCGGGAAAGCGCUAAUCUGGUCGGGGGUGACAACCACAUCUUUGCCCUUCUUCUUUUUGCUAGAGGCCGUAGCGCUUGCAGGGGCAUUGCUGGCAUCGAGCUUGGCACCGGCACCGCCUUCACCAAUCACGCGUCCCUGGGUGGCAUCUUGGGGGCUGCUGACAUCCCAGAUACGGACAGUACCAUCGGCACCACCAGAUACGAGGACUGUCGAUUCGACACUCCAGCUGAGUGACCAGAUACCGCCCUUUCCAUGACCACGCAUGCGCUUCAACAGCCGGCCUGGUGCGAGAUCCCACAGGAAAAUGGAGCCAGCAUCGUCUGCAGAUGCCAAGAGCUUGCCAUCGCGACUGCACUCCAUAGCAGUCACGUUGCCAGUGUGGCCAGUAAACAUACGCACCGCAUUUCCAGUGGUGAUAGCCCACAUUCGUACGGUCUUGUCAGAGCUGGCUGAGAAGACGUAAGCAGAGUUUGGAUGGAAGCAGACACAGUCCACAUCUUGAUCAUGACCAGCGAAGAUACGUAGCUGGCGGAUGUGAUCAGUGACCCAGAGUCGAGCAGUGCGGUCAGAGCCACCAGAGACGAAGUAGUGACCAAAGGGUCCCCAUCGCAAGUCCCAGACGGGACGAUCAUGGCCCUUGUAAACGACAAGGCAUUGCCAGGUGUCAAGAGACCACAGGCGG